AUGAGGCUAACGAAACUCAUGAUUUCUUGGAUUCUACUUCCUCUUCUAGUAUCCGCAACGACAACGGAAACCCUGACAUGGACAGGGAGUACCACCAGCUAUGCUACCACAACCGAUGGUUUAGUAGGAACUGCUGUGAUUGAAUACGUUCCAGCUUCAAUAGUUACAGUUACUGACUUUUGGACAGGUACUAGUACCAGUUAUACUACAACAACCGACAUUGACGGUUCUCUUACUGUGAUUGAAUUUAUGCCUGGGACAGGAUUAUCGACCGAGACAGUGACAUGGACGGGCUCGAUUACAAGUUACAGCGUAACCACUGAUAUUCUUCAAGAUACUACGGCUAUUGUCGAAUAUGUUCCAGCAUCAGGAGUCGCGUUGACAGAAACAUGGACUGGAAGCACUACCAGUUACACUACAACUACUGGUGUUGGAGGUUCUGUUACUGUGAUUGAAUUAGUUCCUGGUAAUGGAUUAUCGACUGAAACAUUGACAUGGACUGGAAGUACCACCAGCUAUGCUACCACAACCGAUGGUUUAAUAGGAACUGCUGUGAUUGAAUACGUUCCAGCUUCAAUAGUUACAGUUACCGAGGUUUGGACAGGUAGUAGCACUAGUUAUACUACAACUACCGAUGUCCUUGAAGGUUCUGUUACUGUGAUUGAAUUAGUUCCUGGUAAUGGAUUAUCAACUGAGACUUUAGUCUGGACUGGAAGUACCACCAGCUACUCUACCUCAACCAAUGGUUUAGUAGGAACUGCUGUAAUUGAAUAUGUUCCAGCUUCAACAGUUACCGAGGUUUGGACAGGUAGUAGUACUAGUUACACUACAACUACUGAUAUAGUAGGUUCUGUUACUGUGAUUGAAUUAGUUCCUGGUAAUGGAUUAUCAACUGAGACUUUAGUCUGGACUGGAAGUACCACCAGCUACUCUACCACAACCGAUGGUUUAGUAGGAACUGCCGUGAUUGAAUACGUUCCAGCUUCAACAGUUACCGAGGUUUGGACAGGUAGUAGUACUAGUUACACUACAACUACCGGUAUUGGAGGUUCUGUUACUGUGAUUGAAUUAGUUCCUGGUAAUGGAUUAUCGACUGAAACAUUGACAUGGACUGGAAGUACAACCAGCUAUGCUACCACAACCGAUGGUUUAGUAGGAACUGCUGUGAUUGAAUACGUUCCAACUUCAAUAGUUACAGUUACUGAGGUUUGGACAGGUAGUAGUACUAGUUAUACUACAACUACCGAUGUCCUUGAAGGUUCUGUUACUGUGAUUGAAUUAGUUCCUGGUAAUGGAUUAUCAACUGAGACUUUAGUCUGGACUGGAAGUACCACCAGCUACUCUACCUCAACCAAUGGUUUAGUAGGAACUGCUGUGAUUGAAUAUGUUCCAGCUUCAACAGUUACCGAGGUUUGGACAGGUAGUAGUACUAGUUACACUACAACUACUGAUAUAGUAGGUUCUGUUACUGUGAUUGAAUUAGUUCCUGGUAAUGGAUUAUCAACUGAGACUUUAGUCUGGACUGGAAGUACCACCAGCUACUCUACCUCAACCAAUGGUUUAGUAGGAACUGCGGUGAUUGAAUUUAUUCCUGAGACAGGAUUAUCGACCGAGACAGUGACAUGGACGGGCUCGAUUACAAGUUACAGCGUAACCACUGAUAUUCUUCAAGAUACUACGGCUAUUGUCGAAUAUGUUCCAGCAUCAGGAGUCACGUUGACAGAAACAUGGACUGGAAGCACUACCAGUUACACUACAACAACCGAUAUAGGAGGUUCUGUUACUGUUAUUGAAUUAGUUCCUGUUUCAACUGCCACAAUAACUGUUGUAUGGACUGGAAGUACUACUAGCUACACUACUACUACCGAUAUUAUUGGCGGAAGUGUUACUGUGAUUGAGUUUGUCCCAACAUCAACAGUAACUAUUAUUGAGCCAUGGAGUGGUACUACGACCAGUUUUAGUACUGCUACAGAUGUUUUUGAUGGGGAUGUCACUAUUUUUGAACUUGUUCCAAGUACAGACUAUACUGAAACAAGCAGUACCAUAUCUUCUACAUCUACUGAAAAUGAAUCGUCGUCAAUCUUUAUAAGCACUACAACUAGCAGCACUUCGGUUACAUCGAGUGAAUCAAUUAAUAGUUCGUCAGUGUCAUCUUCACAUACAACAAGUAGCACAGGUUCUACUGACUCCACUGUCUCAAGUACUACAAGCAGUACAGAUACUACUUCGAGUACUACUAGUUCCACAGGUACUACUUCGAGUUCUACUAGUUCCACAGGUACUACUUCGAGUACUACUAGUUCCACAGGUACUACUUCGAGUACUACUAGUUCCACAGGUACUACUUCGAGUACUACUAGUUCCACAGGUACUACUUCGAGUACUACUAGUUCCACAGGUACUACUUCGAGUACUACUAGUUCCACAGGUACUACUUCGAGUACUACUAGUUCCACAGGUACUACUUCGAGUACUACUAGUUCCACAGGUACUACUUCAAGCACCACAAGUUCCACAGGUACUACUACUUCGAGUACUACUAGUUCCACAGGUACUACUUCGAGUACUACAAGUUCUACAGGUACUACUUCGAGUACUACUACUUCGAGUACUACAAGUUCUACAGGCACUACUACUUCAAGCACCACAAGUUCCACAGGUAUUACUACUUCAAGCUCUACAAGCAGUCCAGGUAUUAUUACUACCUCAACCACCACAACAAGUAAUACAGGUACUUCCACUUCUGCUCCACCAUCAAUUACUAAUGUAUUCACACCAGUUGGUCCUGUUGCUUGGACCCAACAAGGACCAUUUGCAACACCUUUACCUAUGGCUCCAUCUUGGGAUGCGGCCUUUUCUCUCUCAUUCCCUAACGGGACUCAACCAGGUGAUCUGUUCAACUUAGGCUUUCCUAAUGCCUUUUCUAUUACCACCAAUAGUACAUCAGGUUCUGGAGUGACCAAAAGAGAUGCUUCUGAUGGAAGCAUAUUUUUGAGUAUCGAUGGAAUCGACUACGCCUCAUGUGAUGUUUAUAAUGGAGGUAUCACAGGAUCAGCAUCGAUUCAAUGUACUGUUUUGAGUGCAAUAGCUUCAAACCCAAAUGCUUCGGGAACAGUUUCAAUUCCGCUUGUUUUCAAUGCUGGUGGAUCUACAUCCAAUUCAGAUAUACAAGCUGCAAAUGCCUUUGUAGGGGGUGAACAAACAAUUCAAUUCUCAGAUGGAGCUUUUGAAAUUUCAAUCGGAGUAGAUUUUGAUACUGGUGCAGAAUCUACUGAAAAUACUGACGAUAUUGUCUACGCAGUCAGACCUAUGCCAUGGUUGGGCCAAACAGCAUUAUAUGCAUUAGGUUCAUCUUGUGAUGAUGGAUGUAUCAGCGGUACAUUAGCUAUCCAAGUAGGCGCUGGAGAAGGUGAAUUGGAUUGCUCCACUUAUGAAGCUUACAUAUCAAACGAUUUAAACGAUUGGUUCUUCCCUAAGUCAUAUGAAGCUCUUGAUACAAUUUCUCUUGUUGGAUGUUCCAGUUCAGAAAUCAUCAUAGAUUAUUCAAAUGUUCCUGCUGGUUACAGAGUGUUCUUAGAUAUUGUUGCAGAUACUCCAAAUGCAGCAGGUAGUUAUAUUACUCCUACAUAUGUUGCUCAAGCAGUACCAGGCCAAUCUAGCAGCUCAGAUUUGUCCUCAACUUUAUCCAGUACUGUUUCAAGUAGCUCAGAAGCAUCUACUACUACAUCCACUAUAACUUCAGGCACUGAAAGCACAGUUGCUACUAGUUCGUCUACCGAAGAAACAUCCAGUAGUAGUGUAAUUACCACCACUUAUCCAACCACUAUAACUACAACUAUUACUUCCAAAGGUGCCAAUGGCGAGCCAACUACCACGACUGAAACUAUUGUAACCACCAUUGAAACCACCUACUGCCCAUUAACAAGCAGUACCACCUCAACAUCCAGUAGUAGUAGUGUAAUUACCACCACUUAUCCAACCACUAUAACUACAACUAUUACUUCCAAAGGUGCCAAUGGCGAGCCAACUACCACGACUGAAACUAUUGUAACCACCAUUGAAACCACUUAUUGCCCAUUGACUGCUACUACCCCAACAACAACAAGCAGCAGUAGUAGUAGUGUUAUUACCACUAGUUUUGAAACAACAGUAACUAGAACUAUCACCACUAGUGGAGAAAAUGGUGAACCAUCUACAACGACUGAGACUAUUGUCACCACAUUAGAAACCACCUAUUGCCCCUUAUCUGCUGAAAGUACAGGAACAGUCACCCCUAGUACAAUUGCUAUAAGUACCGCACAAGGUAUAGAGGCCAAUAAUGAGGGAACAACUUCAAUUGUUGGAAAGGUGUCUCUCACCACUAUUACCUUAAAUAAUGCACAAACUACAGAGCUUAUUAACGAGAACGUGGAAUCAAGCAGCAUUCAACUUGAAUCUAUCUCAGCUACACAACAAACUGCGGUUGGAAGUAUUCCAACUCCUUCAAGUAGUUCAUAUUCUACAGCAACUACAGCAACUGUAGAAUAUGAAGGAAAUGCUGCAUUGUUGACUAUACCCUCAACCUUUGUAUUAGGAUUCUUCCUUACAUUCUUUAACUUUUUCUAA